GGAAGGGAAGGGAAGGAGGAGCAGGAGGAGCAGGAAGAGGGGAAGGGGAGCAUUAAGCGAAGCCGAGCCAUGGCAGCUCUAUCUCCGCUUUGCUGCAGCAGCAUCCUCUGCUCGUCCGCUCCGUCAUCGUCGUCAAUCGCAGCGAUUCGCAGUGACUCGCCUUCCUGCUCGCACUCGAGGUUUUUGGGUUUGCCAUCCGCGAGCUCGAGAUCGUCCGCUCGUCUUCUCGUCGCGCCUCUGGCUGGCGAAUUUGCCCGUCCGUGGAAUUGCAGGAUCGGAGGCCGGGCUGUACGUUUGAAAGCAGGACGAGGAGCGGCAGUGGUGUGCGUGCAGCAGGAGCAGGAGCAGCAGCAACAGCAGCUUCCUGCCAAGUUGCAGGAGAUUGUGAAAUUGUUCGAGGCGGUGCCGGAUUCGAAGCAGAAGUACGAGCAGUUGCUGUAUUAUGCGAAGCAGUUGAAGCCUCUGGCCAAAGAGUUCUGCACAAGCGAGAACAAGGUAGUGGGAUGCGUGUCGCAGGUGUGGGUGAAGCCGACUUUGACUGAGGAUAAUCGCGUAUAUUUUGAGGCAGAUUCUGACUCUCUGCUCACCAAGGGUUUAGCUGCCUUGCUCGUUGAGGGUCUGUCGGGUGCCACUGUCUCGGAGAUUUUGAAAGUAACACCUGAUUUCAUUCAGAUGCUCGGCUUGAAGCAGAGUUUGACUCCAUCUAGAAGCAAUGGAUUUUUGAAUAUGCUCAAGCUGAUGCAAAAAAAAUCUCUGAAUAUGUACAUGGAAGCAGAAGCUGCGAAAGCUGGUAGUGGAAACAGUGUCAGGCAGGUUAGUAGUCAAGCGAGCGCCGCGGUGAACACGAACACACAAGUGGCUAAGCAGAUGGAUUCCGGUAGAAGUUUCAGCUCCUCUGCUGCUCCAGAACAAGUGUCGAAGAAGGAUAGCAUUCAAAAGAAGCUACAAGAAGCAUUAGCACCAACGCUACUGGAGGUGGAUGAUGUCUCUCAUCAGCAUGCUGGUCAUGCUGGGGUGCACAAAGGUGCAACAGAAACUCACUUCAAUGUGAAGGUUGUGUCAGACAAGUUUGCAGGAACGAGUCUUAUCAAACGUCACCGACUUGUAUACGAAUUACUGGACGAAGAAAUCAAGAACGGAGUGCACGCUCUCUCGCUUGUCACAAAGACCCCGACAGAAAUCGGUAAAUGAGUCCAACAGCGUUGCUUGACACAUGACAUGGCGGGUCAUUAUUUUAGCCUUGUUUGGGACACGUAAUGUCUCCAAAGGGAUUAUCACCUCAUGUCUCCUGUUCCUGUGCACAAGAGGAAGUAGUUGUGGCUACAGUAUUGUCAGUUUGUAAUAAACUAGAUACCUUAUUUUAUUGGUUUGGAAUCGAACAUUGUCAACACAUCAGUCGAUAUCUCAAUAUCAAGUCAACAAUGGUGCC